AUGCCCUCCGGGGAAUCUCCAAUCGUCAUUCUAACCGCGAUGCUCGCCAUGCUAUGCAUGCUUGCUGGUGUUCGAGAUUGCUUAGGGCAGCAGUUCCAUUUAUCGGAGAGUUCUGAAGUAGGUCGACGGGUUGAAAACUAUGACAGCCGACAUCAGCGGCAACCAGCGCACGAGCUUGGCUUUGGUUACUACUAUCAGGGUGAUAUUAUGCUACCGAAGCCCCAGAAUCAGGAACGGCUGUCUGUGGGUGAGGAGUACACCUCCACCAUCUGGCCAAACGCGAUCGUUCCGUACUACAUCGUGCCUAAUUCCUUCACAUCGAACCAAAUCUACAUGAUCGAGCGAGCGAUGAACGUUUUCCACGCGAAAACGUGCGUUCGGUUUGUUCCGAGGACGGCCCAAACUCCUCAGUUCGUUCGCAUCACCAACAGGCCAGCGGGUUGUUACGCCUCGAUAGGGCGCAACCUCGACAACGAGCAGAACGUGAUGAACCUGCAGGCUCCCGGGUGUCUCCAUGGAGGUACACCCAUCCACGAGAUGAUGCACACUCUGGGCUUUUUGCAUGAGGUGAGCCGACCCGAUCGUGAUCAGUACAUCUACGUUAAUCGGAGUGCGCUGGAGCCGCAGUAUCAAACCGACUCCUUUUAUAACACCAACUUCGCUAAGUACGAGCGGAACGUAGAAACGUACAAUAUUGGCUACAAUUAUGGUAGCAUAAUGCACUAUACGCGAUAUGCGGGCGCCAGAGAUCGUCGUUAUCCGGUGUUGGUGAACCUGAAAUCCUACGAUGAAGACGAUUUCGGCAACAGCACGCUCAGCGCGACCGACAUCGAAAGCAUCCACUUCCGGUACUGCCGGAACGCGAGCGGUCUCUUCUCGCUGCAACCAUUCAACCUCCGACCGACCGCGUUCUUGGGUUUGCGUUCGCUUUUUUCAAGAGGAUAG